GUCAGUUUUAUAUGAGAUAUCGUCGGAAUAGGUUCUUUUUGAAUCAAAGAAACGGAAGAUAAAAUAUACGUAUAUAUUAUCGUAAAAUAAAUAGAUAAUAAAAAAUUAUAUCAACAAGAUAAGUUAAUGCAUGCACGCAGUUUCUUUUGUAAAAUCACAGCGUAAACCUUUGUAAGAAAACGCUAUUCAGACUACCUUUGUCGUAGCCGUUCGAUUGAUAUUUUGCAUAAAAUAUAUAAUUAAUACUUAAGACCAUACAUUUGUGUGUUUUUCGGAACUUUCAAUUGUAAAGUGAAAGUAAUUGCCGGAAGAACGUCUAACACAGUAACUCGAGUUAAAUAUUUUUAUCAAACCUCGUUGUUCAAUACCCGAGGGAUUACUGGAAUAAAAAAUAAAAAAUAAAAAAAUAACUUAUUUAUUUGAGUAAAGUUUUUGUGGUGGAAAAAUGGAAUAGAGCAACAAUAUUAUAGCCUGUUAUCAGACGGAAACGGAUUAACUGUUGACAAACACAGAGAUUUAAAAACCCCGUAAACUCCAGUGAUAUAGUGAAUAAAACAUAAGCUCGGACUCGGUGGAAGCACUGCAAUUCUGUCUAUAAAUUCGUAUUAAAGUUGAACAGCCAUAAUGAGAGCGGAGGAUGUCCCGCGAGUGCGCCUCGCUGUUAUUGGAAACGCCGAUGUAGGGAAAUCAGCGUUGACAGUGCGUUAUCUGACAGGCCGAUUCAUUGGCGAAUAUCGCUCAAACACAGAUCUUUUAUAUAAUAAAACGAUCACUCUGGAUGGCGGUCUGACGGAAGUUGAAAUCGUUGAUGUGUAUGCCGGAAGCGAGGAUGAUUUUCCAAUGGAACAAGUUCUGUGGGCCGAUGCUUGUAUGGUCGUCUACAACAUAACGGAGCGCCAAAGUUUAAACUACGCGACCAAAUCUUUGGGUGAAAUUAAAGCGCUACAAAAUGGGCCAUCGGCCUACCUAAUAGGCAAUAAAGCUGAUUUGGAUCAUUUGCGGGAGAUACCGGAAAAAGAAGGCGCUGCUUUGGCCGCUGCACAUUCCAUAGGUUUUUGUGAAGUGUCCGUCGCCGAGUACACCCCCAUAUUAUCGAAGGCCUUUGAAAAGUUGAUUCUCGACUCACGGGCGCGUCCACAAAAACAAAUUCGUAAAUUUUCUGUAAGCAAAAUGCUGGGAACGCUGAUCGGGAGCAGUGGUUAUGGCAGCAGUCGUAACUUGGCCAUCAAUCAGGGCACCGUGAUACCCUGUCACAAGGGAGAGUUGCACAAGACACGUAUUCUGAAGCGUCGGCAAGGUUUCAUGGCAACUACCAGUUUGUGACCGUCUGCUGAAACGGAUUGGUAAAACGAUCAAUAUUAAGGGGAGGGGAUGACAGAUUUAAGCUUUUUAUAUGUAUAUUAAUGUCUUAUACUUAACUUGAUUUGAUACAAAUAUUAAGGGUAUGUAUGUGUAUACGCACACUUCAGGUACUCGUUUUGUUCUAGUAAAAGUACAAUGAUUUCAAUUUUUUUUUUAUUGAAAUGGAAUUUCCGACACUAUCUUAAGUUAUUGUUAUUAUAUCAAUGUAAAAUCAUUUAAGAACAAAAACUAGUUUAAUUAUAUGGUUACAUAUAGUUUUCAUUUCUUUUUCAAAAAAAAAAAACAUUAUAUAUUAUAUUCAAUACGUAACGUAAAUUAUUUUCGAUUAAUUAUAAAUUUACUUAUUAAAAUAAAAUCCCGCUGGAAAAAGAAUAUAGCCCACCGGCAAAAAAUAUCUAUACAUAUAUACACACAUAUACUAAUGUCUAGACAUUUAUACAAAACGUUUGAAUAAUACUAAGACAGUUUGAAAUUUCAUUUUAGAAUGAAAAAAUGUUGAAUUUCAAAACUUGAAAUUAUGUAUUUUUUGUUUUCGAAAAAUGCCUCUGUAAAAGAACUGUGAUAUGUACUUGUAGAGAAAUUAUAGUUACUUUCUUAUUUUUUAAAUAGUAUUAUGUAUGUGAAUUGUACAUAGAAUCAGGACAUUGUGUUCUUAAGCUCAGUAUAUAAGAAAACAGAAUUUUGUUAAUUUUUUUUUUUUAAAUCCAAAAUAUUUACAACAACGUCUUUCAAGAGAGUGAUAACAUUAGUCAAAUCGAAUCAAAAGAAAUUGUAACAAUUUUUUAAUCGAAAUUGUUAUGAAUUUUUAAUAAUUAAAGUUUAAGUAUUUUCUGUUAUAAAUUAUGAUGUUUAUAAAUUAUAAAUGGAAAAAACUUGAAACAUUUUCAACACCGCCUGUGGCUUUGAUUGCUAAUAGCAUUGAAUUCAUUGUCAUAUUCUGAGAAUGUUUAUAUUAACCAAAGUGUAUUCAACAAAGUGAACCAGGUAUAUGACAUAUCACAAUUUUUUACACGAAUGUGACAUGUUUGUUGCCAUUGAUUUAACCCAUACAUUUAUUCAAAAAUUCAAAUUUUGAAAUUCAAAAGUAAACAAAUUUCAAACCAAAAAAAAAUAUUUUUUAAAUGAAUAAAAGAAAAUGCCGAAUACUUUCUGCUUAGGCAAAACAACUCAUGGAAGCAAUUUACUAAGGUUUUCUGCUCCUGACAAAUUGCAAACAAUUUUAUCAAUAUAUAUUAUAUUGUUAAAGUUAAAAAAGACGGGUUAAUGUAAACAAAUACAUGUAUAGUUUACUAUUUUAUUGUCAAAAGCGGGUGUGUCAAAUACUUAGUUCACUUUGUUGAAUACACUUUGAUAUUAACAAUAUUAAUAAAUAAAUGUUGAUUAAACAGCAUUAUUCAAUCGAAAUACAGUUGGAAAUUUCGAGACAGUGCAUUGCAGUAACUUGGCUUUGAAGCGUUCGAAGCUCAUCCAGAAGUUUUACUGUCUUUCACUCAUAACGGCUGCUUGAAGAAACUGUAGAAUAAAUAAACUAUAAAGCUUCAGUAACAAUGUAUUGAACACUUUAUAUACAUAAUUGUGAGAAUUAUACUAUUUUGUAUUUAUACUAAGCCAAUGAUAGGGACCAUUUCCACUGUAUUAAAUAAAAUGAAAAUAAAUGUUUACUUAAUUUCGUAAGAAAUUUUAUUAAACCAAAAGCAAAAACAAAUUGUAUUCUCUUUAAAUUAUGUUUGCAAUUACAUAUAUUAAAGUGAGUAUGCAGCACUCUUGAGUCUCCAAACUCGGACUAUGUGAAUAAACAACCCCAGUACAAGAUUUGUAACUUUCCAGUAUUUCGAUGUAACCCGAAGUUGAGAAGAGGUGAUCAAUUCUCGAAUAACCUACAAUCUGUUUACGUAUUAUUUAUCUUGAUUCAAAAAUACUAUUGACUCACUUAAUGAUGUAAAAAAUAUCGUUGGUUUGCAUGUGUGUAAUUAAGUUACGCAAAUGGUUGGAUUACACUAAAAUCAAUAUAGCAACAAAUCAUAUGUGUAUAUCAGUCAGGCAUUCUUUAUUUCAUUGCACACAGUUACUCAAGUAGCUUAUGUCAUAUUUAUUAGUUACAGAACAUAAAAUUUUCUUAAGAUAAAACCAUUGAAAGUCAAUGUAAAUUAGAUUUCGAAAAAACGUAUUUAACAAUUCACGAGUCCAUGUAAGAUAUGUAGAAAUCAAUGUAAGUAUAAAAAAAUAUUGAGUUCAACAUAUAUGUAUGUUGUAUGUUGUGUAUAUGUACAUAUGUAUGUUUAUGGUUUUUAUACAUGUAUGUUGAAGAAUUUACGUCUGCACAAUAUUUUUUAUGUAAUUCAAUACAUCUGGGUGUGCAAGUACACCCAUAUGAUCAACCUUGUUUAAAGCUACG